UUACGCAGUCAAUUUUAAGCUAGAAAGGUCGACUCUUUGUAGGGAUACGAGCCAGAAUAACCGACUCCCUUCAAUGAAUCGGAAUUCUCAUCGCUACUAGGUGAGUACAAGUGCGCAUGCGCACUCUGUCACUCAGCUCGCCUCCACUGGUUCAUUCAUAAGUUCUUUCAUUGAGGGUAAUGCAGUACUAAUGCAGUACACUGAAUCAAAAGUACAUGAAGUAUCGAAGUAGUAAGGAUCAUUCCGUGGUAGUGCUGCCAUCAAGCGGACACGUGGAAGAAUGACUUAUUUUGCGUAUGAUGACACACGCUGCUAUGUCAUCACGUGACGGUUAGCCACGCCGAGCACCAGGCGGCACCAGUGAGCCCAAACGAGGACAAGACGGCGGUGAAGGGGUUCGGCUCCCAUCUGAUGUCACGGUCCAGCAGCGGCGUAUGACCGUCUCCAUGGUGAUUGAAGUGUCACGUGACACACUCGCCAUUUAAAAAAAGACUUUAGUGACGCUACACGAGCGCGGACAGAUUUUCUUUUCUCGUAGCUGUGAUACAUGAACGCAAUAAAUACGUUUAAAUGCGUGUUUGAUUACUGUAUAUAUGCUGCAGCUAAUGAAGAUACGUUGCUGAACAGCACAUUUAGCCACCCAGUGCCAACUGUGACAUUUGUGUCAUGUAUGUUAUCAUUAUAAUAUAUAAUUAGAUUUUUAUCAUAUGUAAUUAUUAUUACAUAUAAGUGCUUCCAUUAAGGGAAAGUUGUUUUCCUGGCGGAAACAUCCUUCUUUGGUUGUUGUUUCCCGUCGAGGUGUGCUUGUGACGGACCUCCAUUUUGUUGUUUUUUCCUCUUUGAGCACGGAGGUGUUAAAGUGUAACGGUACUUUUCGGUACAUUGGUGUUUUUUCGAGCCGUUCAAAUGACGACAAAACAAAACAUGUCUGCCGGCUGCCAGCUCCUCCAGGCGGCCUCCUCGCUCUGCCCGCCCACAGCCGCGCACACUGGCACAGGGCCACCUCCGGAGAUGGAGACUCUUCGGAGGUUUGUCAGCGAGCGGCUGACGGCGGCCGUGGAGGACAUCCUGGGGCUGUUCGGGGAAACUGUGGCCCGAUACCGGCAGCAGAUCGAGCUGCAGCAGAGACAGUUGGAUGGCCUGAAGGGUGAGGAGGUCCAGUGGGAGCACCCUACUGAAGCCUCGUCUUGGACACGCGACCAGAACCUCGCCGAUGGCCAGAUCCAGAGUGGCGGCGUGGAGGAAGCGAUCACCAUCACUGAUCCAGUUAAAGCGGAACCAGGUGGCGAGGAUGGCGGCGGGUUGGAGCCGGUCUUCAAAAGUGACGACAGCAAAGAAUUUGUGAGAGCUUCAUUCACGUGCGGGGCGGCGAGGGGGGCUGCAAAGACGCCCCUACAGGCCCCACCUUUGUUCUGCUGCAAAGUGUGCGGCGAGUCUUUCCAGAGGCGGAGUCAUCUCAUCGACCACGCGGCGGCGCAUUUGAGUGGCUGCCUCCGAGUGCAGGGAGACAUGGUGGACCGCUGCGGCGUCUGCGGCCAGAGGUUCACGCAGCGCGGCAACCUGAGGACGCAUAUGAGGAUCCACACGGGCGAGCGGCCACACACGUGCAGCGUUUGCGGCAAGGCGUUUGGCCGGCGGGCCACGCUGGCGCGGCACGUGCGCAGCCACACAGGGGAGAAGCCCUUCAGCUGCUCGUACUGCGGCCGCGCCUUCGUGGAGAAGGGCAACCUGAAGGUGCACCUGCGCACACACACGGGCGAGCGGCCAUAUUGGUGCUCGGCCUGCGACCGCCGCUUCAGCCAGCUGUCUUGCUACAACAAACACCCCUGUCGGAAGAGGGGCGGGGCUACCGCAUUUGCCGCCACACUCGCCCACAGCAAUGCUUGUGAUUGACAGAGGUGAUGGAUUAGCAUUGUAUUGACAAACACAGGAAGUCAUGUGACGUCUUGGCUAUUUUUUACUUUGAAACUAUCCUGACCUCACUGGCCCAACGUUGGGGUAGAUCAAUACAUAUUAUUCUGAAAAAU